AUGCUAGAACUCUACGACUCCAGCCCAUGGUCCCAAGAGGUGCAGGAAAAUCGUUUAAAGUAUGCCCGGGCGCUCUCUAACGCAAAUAUCGAAUGUCUGAUCUGGGGAGAAGAUGCGCUGGCGUUCGCCCACUUCGUUCCCACCUGCUUUGACGCCCUCCAACUACUCGUUGCAGAUCAAGAUCUCCACGCCGCUUCGACACAAAUCAAGAAAUCACUUGAAUGUCGCCUUUUCUCUGGCUUCAACCCACACCAUGUAGAAAAGAUCGUGUUCAACCCAAGCCAGCCGAAAGCCUUUCCCCACUCUGUGUGCCUCGAGACGACGAUUGCCGCAUGUAACCGCACACCCGACGACCCAGAUUUCAUCUUCAUCCACCCUCAGUCACAAUUCUAUUUCAACAUCCAGGAUAAAAGUCGCUCGUUGUCUCUCGCGCCUUUCCCCGACAACAUUCGAUUCCCCACACUAACCGCGUUUCUUGACUCGAUGAUCGCGACAUACCUCGAUCCCCCCUCUGGCCGAAAUCACAGCAGAGUUCAGGACCCAUUGAAAGUGUGGAUAUCCUACCUCCUCACUUAUACUUUACCUUUACGCAAGAGACCCUCGGUGCUCCCGAAUGGCGAUCUUCAGCCGGAGCAUGAGGAGGUGUUGCGCAGCCUCAAGCCAGAGAAUCGGCCGUUCUUUGACUCAUUUGUGCGAUCAAAUAUCAUUCCCGUGCGGGAGCACCAAAUACGCCGAAAAGAAAUUUUGGAGAAGCUUGGGGUUGCAAUCUACCAUUAUGAGAUUCAGUCGGCUCCUGCUGUAACCACUAUCAACAAUCUUAGUCAGCAUGUAUACCUAGGGACUGGGCAUCAUUUUACCCAAGACUUGUUUCUCAACAUUUUUGAAAAGAGAGACGAGGCCAUGCAGAAAGAAUAUGAAGCCGAGGAAAUGUCUCAGGCAUGGAAUAGAAUGAACGGAAAGGCAAGACGGUUCCUUUUGGACGGAUAG